AUGCCACGCGCCAUUGUCCCUGGUCAACUCAACGAUGAUAAAAUCCUAAAGGAUCUGCAGCCUCAAUUCAGUCAGUACCCAGCCAACGAGUUUGAGUUCAUUCUCGGCGCCGCCAGCUCGCUAGAUGCGAACAGCAACAGCUUUACCGUCACGUUAAACAAAGGUGGUCAGAAGGCCGUCAAGUACGACCACCUCAUCAUCGCCACCUUACGUCACUCCGGUGCUUUCGGUUAUGAGCAUCAUGUAACCACCUUACUCAACUACCGCACAUGUUCGGUAAAUGCGUAG